UUGUAGAUGAACCACCUUAAUUUCCAUAUACACUCAUGAGGGAAAUAUCAUUAUUUCAAAGUCACGCAAAAUAAGUAGCCUUGAUAGUCAGUUGCAGGUUGACUUUAGUUUGGGUGUUUUGUGGUGAAGAGAUACCUCAGAAAAAUGAAGCUUAUUAUUUUCGUAACUCUUUGUCAAUGCUUAUUUAAUUUGUCGUUUGCUGGGGAAGAUGGAUACUGCUUUACAAAAUGGAAGAAUGGACGUUGGGUUUCUGUUGGAGAUUGUGACAAUCCUAGUGCCGAAGAUUUUCUGAAGAAAUUAAGAGCGAAUGUUGCCAGAAAAGAAGUCAAGACCUGGACCAGAGCAAGUAACGGACUUUACUACAAACUGUUCAGCGAUCCCGCCACAUAUGCAACAGCUAAGUCAAACUGUCAGAGUCGAGGAGGAGAUUUGGCUUCUGUUGUCAUCAGAAAUUCUACUGUUUUUAACGGUGAAAUACUUCCGAUGAUAAAAUUAGGAGAUAUUGAUACUUGGAUCGGUCUGGAUGAUCUUCAACACGAAGGAAGAUUUAUUUGGGCUGAUGGCGAAAUUUUGCCCGAUCAAUAUUCUUAUUGGGGUACUGAUCAACCGGACAACCAAGAAAACCAAGAAGAUUGCGUACAGCUCCACAAGGGGCUAAGCUGGAAGCUUAACGAUGUUCCAUGUACAGAUAAUUAUAGUUAUAUUUGCGAAAUAAAACUGGCUUGAUUGAGUUAAUUUGAAAAUAGUAUACUAAAAAAUUAAAGAUUUUGAAACUACCAUCUCUUGAGAUACAAACAUGUGUGACAAAAAUCUCUUUCAAUUUUUAAAUUAUUAUUUGUGAUUUCAUGCGACUACGGCCUAACUGAUUGCAUGUAGGCCUAUGUACAAAAUAUUUCUAAUCAAUAAUCCUGGUUCCCCGCAACUUCCCUUCCCCAGUAAAACGUGUGUAUAGUUUUGUAUUUUGGCAAUUUCGUAUGUUAUUUUUACCCAAAUGAAAAAAAAAAGAGACUACGGCUAUGAACUAUUAAUAUCAUUAUUUGUUAUCGCCGAGGGAAAACUAGAAACUACAAUGUUUUAACUCAUUUAUUUCCAUCUGUUUGUUUAGGACCUGAGAGUAUACAGAUGAAUAAAAAACUGAUGCAUUAAAAAGGCAAUAUCACAGCUUUAAUUUUGAGCAGUUUUUUUAUUUGACUUAUUUAUUCCGGGUUAUCAUUUUAAGAUUAUAUUUGGUAUAAUCAUCCGAUGAUUAAUAUUUAGCUUAUUUCUUAUCAUAGGGGUGUUGCAUAUAUGAGGAAAAAAUAUAAUUGAAAACUGUUUUGCUGACAUGCAAAAAUAAGAGAAAUAUAUAACUUUAAUCACGUAUAUCUGGCGUGAUGUGUAUGGUUUCUUAGUAAAGUUUUGAAAUUAGAAAACAUGGUGUAAGUAUAGGCAAAUAUUUCAAUGAUAUAAUAUGUAUACUCAAUGGUACGAGAAAUGGGGAAACGUUUCUUCUUUGAAAAAUAGAUUGCAAAUAGGCAGCAGGUGCAUUUUUUGUAUGAUGGGUCCAUGAUAUAUAUAUAAAUACGAAAAUUUGAACAUAGCUACCUGAUAAGAAGUUUCAUACAGCAUCAUCAAACCCAGACAUGCCCGAUGCCAAUUCCCAAACCACUAUAUAUAUCUGCAUACAGGAGCUAGAUACGAACAAGGUCGAACCACUACCCGACUAGCACAAAUUUCACUUUCCAGCUUUGAAAUUCUAGUGACUCGCGUGUUGCGGGUUCAGCGGAAUGUGGGCUACCCCAAAGAUUCUUCACGCGACACCACUGGGGGCCGCCACCCAC